CCAUUCCCCAAGCCCUCUGCCUGUCUCCUCUGGUAGGUUCCACAAUGGUACAGCCAGCAUCACGAUGCACAAUGGUCUCCAGACAGUAAAAGAGGGUGAUUCAGCAAGCCACAUCCCCCCCUUCCUCCUUCCUCCUUUGAUUUCCAUACCUGCACCCCUCUCCCGUCUCCUCUCCUCAUGCUGUCCAUUUUGCGCGUUGCUCUUGCUUUGAUUCCGGAGACCUACGUUUAUUUAGGACGGGUUGUUGGGUGACCCCCUCCCCGCUCCAAGCAGGUUGCCUUGCUGCCACCUGCCCGUCAUCCUGUCAACAUCUCCCUCCCGCCCCGCUGAAUCCCCUUCCACCAUCACCACCACCCCACCUCUUCCUCCUUCCCAGUUUGGAAUGUGGUUUCCCAAGACCACGUAAGGGUCGCGGCGCGAGGGGAAAGGUUGCUGCGCCCAGGAGGAGACGAGGACGCAGGCACGGAAUGGUGUGAAACUGGGGAUCAGAGCCCUCCCUGCACUGUCUUUUCUCUGAGCUCCAGAUGAAGCGGAGACUUUGCAGUCAAGAGCACCUAAGGAGGGAGAGCAGCAGGAGGAGUUGGCGUUUAGCUGCAGAGCUUCAAGUCUUCCCAUCCAUAGGUGGCCAAGCACCAGCAUUUUAAAGCAACAGCAGCUGCUUUAUGCUGUGCUGACGCUGCACGCCUUUGAAGAGCAGAGCACUGCUUCGGAAAUUGUACCAUUCUUAACAAUGGGAAGUGGCCCUCCCCACUGAACUGGCAUCGUGUAUUUAUGAGCCGCCAUUUCUUAUACUACUGCAGUGAACCUACCCUGGAUGUGAAGAUUGCCUUUUGUCAGGUGUGUGUUCCUUACAGGUAAAACAAGGGAUUCGGGAAACAAGUGGAUGUGUCAUAUAUUGCCAAAUAUUACAACAUGAGUAAAAGCAAAGUUGACAACCAGUUCUACAGCGUGGAAGUGGGUGAUUCGACGUUCACAGUUCUCAAGCGCUACCAGAACUUAAAGCCGAUUGGCUCUGGGGCUCAGGGAAUAGUUUGUGCUGCAUAUGAUGCUGUUCUCGACAGAAAUGUGGCCAUCAAGAAGCUCAGCAGGCCGUUCCAAAAUCAAACGCAUGCUAAGCGAGCUUACAGGGAGCUAGUCCUUAUGAAGUGUGUGAAUCACAAAAAUAUUAUCAGUUUAUUAAAUGUCUUCACACCACAGAAAUCUCUGGAGGAGUUCCAGGAUGUUUAUUUAGUAAUGGAGCUGAUGGAUGCCAACUUGUGUCAGGUGAUUCAGAUGGAGCUAGACCAUGAGCGAAUGUCUUACCUGCUCUACCAAAUGCUUUGCGGCAUCAAGCACCUUCACUCUGCGGGGAUCAUUCACAGGGAUUUAAAACCAAGUAAUAUUGUGGUAAAAUCUGACUGCACAUUGAAGAUCCUGGAUUUCGGACUGGCGAGGACUGCAGGCACUAGCUUCAUGAUGACUCCCUAUGUCGUCACACGUUAUUACAGAGCACCAGAGGUCAUCUUGGGAAUGGGCUACAAGGAGAACGUGGAUAUAUGGUCAGUAGGAUGCAUUAUGGGAGAAAUGGUGCGCCACAAAAUCCUCUUUCCAGGAAGGGACUAUAUUGACCAGUGGAAUAAGGUAAUUGAACAGCUGGGAACCCCCUGCCCAGAAUUCAUGAAGAAACUCCAGCCCACCGUGCGGAACUAUGUGGAAAACCGACCUAAAUAUGCUGGCCUCACAUUCCCCAAACUUUUCCCAGACUCUCUCUUUCCAGCUGAUUCAGAACACAACAAACUCAAAGCUAGCCAAGCCAGGGACCUUUUGUCAAAGAUGCUAGUGAUUGACCCAGCCAAGCGGAUAUCAGUGGAUGAAGCCUUACAGCAUCCGUACAUUAAUGUCUGGUAUGACCCGGCAGAAGUGGAGGCGCCUCCUCCACAGAUAUAUGAUAAGCAGCUGGAUGAAAGAGAACACACAAUUGAAGAGUGGAAAGAAUUAAUCUACAAGGAAGUAAUGAAUUCUGAAGAAAAAACUAAAAAUGGUGUAGUAAAAGGACAGCCUUCUCCUUCAGGUGCAGCAGUGAACAGCAGUGAAAGCCUCCCUCCCUCCUCAUCCGUCAAUGACAUUUCCUCCAUGUCCACAGACCAGACCCUGGCAUCGGACACUGACAGCAGUUUGGAAGCUUCUGCAGGACCCCUCGGUUGUUGCAGGUGACUAGCCGCCUGCCUGCGAAACCCGACGUUCUUCAGAAGAUGAUGUAAUUUAGGGGGGUGGGGCAAAUCAUUGUGAUUAUAAAAGAAUUCAAUGAUGGCAAGGAAGAGAAACAAUUUAAAACACACACACACACACACAUACUGAUUAAACAAAAUGGAACCCUUUCAGCCUGCUUCUCCUAAAAGAGUUAUGUAAUGCAGCUAAGCUCAAGUGUAUAUUUAACUUAUAGUUGCUCUGCUUUGGUCUUCUUCCAAUGAUGCUUACUGCAAAAAAAAAAAAAAGUAAUUAAAAGAAGACUUUUUGAUAAAAUUGCAAAAUUAAUGGCUGCAAAACCAGCAACCUGCAACUGUCCUUUUUCACGUUGGCAUGACAAGGUGGGCAGUACCCUCCCUUUAUCUGUAUACUUGUGUGCCUAUCUAACUCCUCCCUCUUUCUGUCUUGGCAGACCAAUACACAUGUGUCUUGGUGUAUAUAUACAUGCAAAUAUGCAUUUGAGGGUAUAUGCAGCUGUGCAUGUACAUAUAUCUAGAAAGCAGGAGUGUUUAUAUGUGCACACAGUCUGCAGUAGAGAACUGAACCUCCUGGGGUUUUUUUGUAUGCAAAUUUCAUCUGUAAUAUAAUUCUCAGUGUACAGUCCGUUUAGUUGGUUUACUGAUUAAUUUAAAUUAGUGUAAGACAUAUAGAAACAAAGUUAAACUGAAGCUCUCUCAGAACCUUGAUGAUGUAGAGUUCUAAAUGUCGAUGUACUUUUUAACACCACCUUGUUGGGAAAUAGGAAUAGAAUAAAAUAGGAAGAAGCUUGAAGCAGGCAGUUACUGAUACUGAUAGUGAUGUGUUUGGAGUUGAUAAUAUUGGUUUUGGGGACGAAUGCCACCCUAAAAGACCCCAACACUUCAGGAUGUUGAGUUCAACAUGUGUUCUGCUUUGGGAGUUGUCAGGAGCAGAGCUUGAGAGAUUGCGGUUUCCUUCCUGCCGCCCUGCUUGGGGAUUCCCAAGGGAUCUGACUGACUCCAGUGGGAAACUAGACUAGGUAACUCUUUGGGUUCUUUUUAUGUUCUUGGGUCAAGGGAGGAUUUCCCGGCACCGCCUUUUCAGGAAACUCAGCUACUUAGGCUCACCACAUUUGUUUGUUUAUAAAGAAGUCCUAAGAAAAUGACCCCAAAUAUUCUAUAGGAUUUGGGUGCUGACAAACUUGGCUAGCUCUGUGGUUGGGCCAAGAUGACGCUGCCGAGGAAGUUUUGAUAAACCAAACAAGGGAAAGGCAGUUUGCAAAGGUUAUUCCCUGGUCUGUCCCUGCGUGAUAAGUUCUACUUAGUAGGAAAUUCUGCAGAUUUCUUCCUUCCUGAUAGCAAAGAGGGGAGGAAGCUUCCAGGCUUCUGGGAUCAAGGCAUAGUUGAAGGCUGGGAGAAACCACCGGGAGGCAGAUGGCACCGGGCAUUUGUUUGCUGGGGAUUUGUACCCCCUGCACCAACCUAGAAUUUAUCUGCUCCGGCUAAAGGACUUCCUGAUAUCACAGCCUGGAAGGUCUUAACUAGAGAGAGGAGAUGACUUCCACAGCAAUGAAUUUUGUUUCUUGAAGAACAUUUUAACCAUGUCUCUGUGUUCGUAGAAUGUUUCUGUUGCAGCAACAAGGCAAGGGAGUCAGAUAAGAAAAGAGUAUUAUUUGUUAUGUAUUACUACUUUUUCAUGCGUAGCUGUUUAGUUCAUCAAAGAAAGAAUGUCUGAGCAUCACCAGUCUAGGUGCUUGAGGCUAUGAACAACUUCUUAAAAAAAAAUUCUUUUCAACCAUUUCCAUUGUGGGAACAUUAACUGCAGAACAGUGAAUGCCUAGCUGAUUUCAGCAUUACCGGUUUCCCCACUGCUACCUCUUUAUUUGUGACUAAUAAGAUGAAACUCCCUGAAGCCCACACGAAAGGGGGCUACAGAUGCACUGAGCAAGCCAGAGUUAAAAUAUUCCAGAAGGUGCCUAAGGGCCACAUAUAAGCUUAGAUAAUAUUGUAAGAGACAUUGCUUGAGAAACCAGGUAAGGAAUGAAUCCGAUAGCCCCAUGUGUGGCAAUGCCCACUUUGUUAAUAAUACAAAUGUGCACAGCAGCUGAUGAGGCCUGUGGCAGCAGAAGAGCUAGAGUGUUUCUGAGUGAAACUGAGAAGGAAAGGCCCAAUCCGUCUCCUCCUGCGAGUGUAUUCUACAGUGCCCUUUCUCCUCUGCCAGCUCUCAGGUCGGACUGCGGAGAGACCCACCUGAGAGAGACCUACCACUGUCAGGUAGGACAGCGCAAGAGACUUGGCCAUAAGGGAAGCACUCAGGGGCACUUCUGUUGCCCUCUCCAGGUCCCCAGGUCCCAGGGACACAGACUCUACAGAUGCUGUAUAUACCGAUGGGCUGUUACCCAAGGUUUUUAGAAAAUCUGAGUUUCCACCUAUUUUCUUUAACUGAAAUGUGUCCAGGAGGACUAGGAAUUAAAGCCAGGGGUUAACCUGUAAGAAUCAGCUUUCAUGCCACCAAACAAGUCAUACAUACAUACAUACAUACAUAUAGCAUGUGGUUCAGCCAUCUUACAAAACAUACAAAUACUCCAGUUAUUUUCCUUAAAACCCACCAUGGCUAAUAUGAUUGUAUAAUGUGAGGCUAAACUGAUUUUUUUAAAGUGGUACUGUCUUUCCAUCAAGACAAAUACAUGUAUAGAUAUAUAAAAAUAAAUACCACGGCCUCAAUCCAGCUCAGUUGAGCAGAUUUAUGCCUCCUGAAAUUACAGUGGUCUGAAGCGAACAUAUUCUGUGUUGAAUUGCAGCCAUUAAUAAAUCUAGAAUGCUAUAAGAGAGAAAUAUUUUCCUUCCCUGAAAUAUUUCUAUCUCAUUUUACUUUUACUUUCUAAAUAAAGGAAGGGGUAAGUAGAUUUUUCUUUGAAGAUUCGAAAAAGCUCAGAAAGGUUUAGUUAGUGCAGUAUGUAUAACAGCAAUAAGCAAUAGGUUACUGCUGCAAAAAAGAAUUUAGCAAUAGCAGGGGCCAUCCACCAAACCCUGACAGUGCGCCUCAGUCUUGUGCAUGGGGCAUUCCAUCAACAUGGAAGUUGCGAAGCAGCAGUGUUGGGUGGAUUGCUUCUGUAUCUUUUCUAAAAGCCAUGAAAUCACCUUAUCUGUGUGUGGCACUGUAACCUUAACUCAGCCUCAGUGAAAUGCCAAUGCACAAGGAAAGGCCAUGUUUAAAAGGAACAUAGUAGUGCAUCAGAGAUGCUACAAAGGCAAUAACAGAGAAGUGAUGUUCUGAGCAAUAAUGGCAUUUGGUUGCUGUAUAUUUUUCUGCCCAGUAUUUGGGCAGAUAUAGAAAACUCUUUCAACUGCCCCCCAUUAUGGUGCUGAUAUCACAAGCAGCUGGAAGCCUUUUGGAAUUAAAGAUCAUUUGCAGAUGUGCUUGUCAACUUCUGAGGCCACAAUCCAUAACAGCAGUGAAACAUGCAGGUUUACCAAGAAAAUUACUCAGGUCAGUGGAGUCGCAAGCAGCCUUUGAAGAGUUUCAAAAAGCUCUCUCCAGAUUGGAGGACCUGACAGUAGAAUGUCAGGUGAGAUUCCAUGUAAGUGCAACCCAAUGUACAUUGGGAUAAAUAAAAUUCCUAACUCCACAUGUACGCUGAUAGGUUUUAAGUGGAUAUAACCAUCCAGGAAUUAUACAUUGGGAUCACUGUAGAAUGCUCUUUAGAAACAUCCACCUAAUGUACUCCAGCAGUGGAAAAAAAGGUGGAUGCAGUGUUAGGAAAGGCCCUGCAAAUGAAGCAGCAAGUAGAAUACAGGUAUGGCCAUCAUAUAGAUUUAUGGUCUACCCUCGUUUGGACCACUGCCCUCAUUUGGACCACUGGGUGCUGUUCUAGUCAACCCAUCUCAAACAAGAUAUCAUCAAAAGCACAUAAAAAGGUGAGGGGAUCUCAAAUAAUCUAACGGAAUCAGCGAUCAAGUUUCUCACAAAGAAGAAUUUAAAAUGUUAGGAGGUGUUACCUCAGGGGGAAAAGACAAUGGGGACUCGAUACAGUUUUAUAAUAAGAUUAGCAGAGUGUGAGCAGAAUGAGUGGACUAUUUCUUCCCCACUAGCUGACCCUGCACAGAGCAUCUGUGCGCUCUUUGUGGCCGGCGGUUACCUCUCCCCCCCUUCUGCCCCAGUCUCUGCUUCCAGGCCCAGCUACCUCUCCUCCCCACUGCCACUUCUGCCCCCCCCCUUUCUUUCCCCCCUCCUGGGCCUUGCCUCCGCGACUGGGCUGGGCCCGCCGCUGCCUCUGGCCUCUGCGGCCAGGCCUGCCACGGCGACCAAUCCUCCUGGGUGCGCCUCAGCCAAUCAGGCCCAUCCGCCACCCAGCCAGUCAGCUGGGCGCUGGGACGCACAUUCCAAGGCACACCCAGGAGAAUUAUAUAUAUAGAUAAUAGUGCUCAGGUCACCUAAUGAAACUGAUUGGCAGUGAUUUCAGACAAGACCAAGAAGCAUUUUGACAUGCAAUGCAAAAGUAACUUGGGAUGCAUUGCCAUGGGGUGGUGUGUGGCCACUAUCAUAAUUUGGCUUUUAACUGACUCUGACCCAACUCCAGAGGAUAGUCUACUGGCCAUCUAUUCCUCUGCUGUUUCAGCCAUUCUGCUUACAUAGAUAGCAAGAAAAUGACCAAGAAAAAAGAAAGGAGGGAAUGCAGUUGUAAGGUGGCUACUUUAUAUGUUGUAUGGGCUGGUUUGAGAACUUAGUCCAUAAUAAGGUGGAAAUUUGCUGUGGAGCAAACUGAUCUUGUCUGUAUUUCUGUGUGUGAAGGCAGACUUGUGCAUCCAAGCAGAGCUGGAGCGACUUGAAGUCUUCUAGUCCAACCUCUUCCUUGAUGCAGAAAAAAAGAGAGCUAGAACAUCCCCAACAGAUUGUAUUUAUGUAUGUUGUUUUUAAAAUGUAUAUCCCAUGGCCACGUAUAAAGAACAUUAAAAUUAUAACAUUAAACAAUGAUGGCUUUCCAGCCCCUGCAUGAAGACCUCCAGCAAGGGAAAGUGCACACACUCACCCCUAAGUUAUUAGUUGCAUGGUCAGCUGCUCUUGUUAUUAGGAGGAGGUUUUGCUUAAUAUUCAAUCAAAAUCUAUGAUCUUGAAAAUUAAGCCCUUUACAUCUGGUUCUGUCCUCUGGGGUGCUAGAGGACAAGGCUUUGCCCUCUCCCAUCAUGCCUCCUUCCCACCCAGUCUUCUCUUUUCCAGCUAUACAAAAAUCAGGUCCUUCAACCUUUCCUCACAGGACCUCAUCCUAGGUGCUCCUUAGCUGCUCUCCUCUCCACUCAUUCCAGUUUGUCUACCUCAAUCUUAAAGUGUGGUGCCCAGAACUGGACACAGUACUCCAGAUGAGGUCUGAAAAUAUAUUACCAUCAGUCCACUUCUUUUUCAUAAAUAUGAGUAUUUGAAGGUGCAUUGUUUUUGUAAAAAUAUAAGCCCUGGUCCAACUCCAACUGCAUAAGAACUGCUGGCCUUGGUUUUGCAUUCCAGUUCACAGCAAAAGCUGCAUCCAAUCAAUUCAGUAUGGCUUGGAUGAAUAUUGUGAUGCAGAUGUACUUCCAGCAGCAUAUCAGCCUUGGGAAAGUAUGCAGAAGGCUGCUUUGCCCGUGGAUCGCUCUUGAUGGAUUGAGAUGGCAAUCCUUAGUCCAGCAAGAGUGAUCCAUGUUAUUUUGCUGCUUCUGCUAUGGAAAUGGAAGUGUAGGAUAAUAUGGACAAUAAAUAUUCAGAAGAGGGCAACAAAGAUGGUGAGGAGACCUGCAAUCACGAGGUACGGUUGAAUGAGCUGCCUGUAUUUGCCUAAGUUGGUGGGGAGGGGGGAAUAUGAUCACCGUCCUCAAAUAUCUGAAAAGCUAUCCACAGAAGAAAGAGUGGAGUUGUUCUCUGUUGGUCUGAAGGCAGGAUUAGAAUCAGUGGGUGACAUACUGAGCCACAGUAUGUCCGCUUAGUAACAUUGCAUGCCCACAAGUUGCAGAAAUGCAAAAUUUGCACAGAUGAUUUUACAUGAGAGUAAGUUCAUUACUUCCAGUGGGAUCACUCUUGUGUAACAUUUGCACACAUUUUGGAUUUGCGCAAUUUGUGUAACUUGCACACCUUGCAUACAUGCAGUGUUAUGAGGCUGACGUACUGCAGUGCAGUAUGUCAGCCACUGAGUAGAAAUUACAAGGAAGCAGAUUUAGGCUAGAGAUUAGGAAGAAGAGUAAGGGCUGUUCAAUAGUGGAGGGGUCUGCCUUACACAGGGGUGGGCUCUCUUACUUUAGAGGUUUUCAAACAGAGGCCAGAUGGCCGUCUGUCUGUAGCAGUUUCCUGCACUGAGCAAGGAGUUGGACGAGAAGACCUCCAAGGUCCCUUCCAAGUCUAAAAUGGUUGGACUAUUCAAAAUUUGCCAGGUUAAAAGGAGAUCCUAGCCUGCAAUGCAUGAUGUCAUACUAGAAAGAGUAGAAAUGUAUCAACAGAUGUUAAGAAAUAGAAUUCAGAGACACUCGGGGAACUGGGAGACAAAUGGAUUUUAAGUCAUAUAUCUGUCCGCCUGUUGAAUUUCAUGCAGUUACUCUAGAUCUGUUCCUCUAAGAGGUGGGAACCCUUGCAAAAAUACGCUGAUACUUGCUGCCUUCCUGCAUCACACUAGGAUUGUAAGAAAGAGCAUAUUAUUUUUAUUAUUAUUUUACAUUUUAUAUCCCGCUCUUCCUCCAAGGAGCCCAGAGCGGUGUACUACAUACUUUGGUUUCUCCUCACAAGAACCUUGUGAAGUUGGUUAGGCUGAAAGAGAAGUGACGGGCCCAGAGUCACCCAGCUAGUAUCAUGGCUGAAUGGGGAUUUGAACUCGGGUCUCCCCGGUCCUAGUCCAGCACUCUAACCACUACACCACGCUGGCUCUCAGCAGCAAGACAGAAGUUUUCAAGGAUGGGCAACACAUCCUUCCACCCCAAGGAAUGUUGCUAGUCUUACUGACGUUCUGUUUACUUCCCUCAGAAUUCCUCAUGGGUUUUAACAUUUGCCCAGGGGGGGAACUUCCAAAUUUGUCCUAAUGUUUGCUUCAGGUGGAAUUUGGGGACAGCCUAUGUUGUCCCUGACUUCCUCCUCCUCUCUAAGACAUUGUGCUGGUUUUUUAAUAUUUUAAAUGGGUGAGCUGAUUGAAACACAGUCCUGGUAGCUGAGCACUUUCUUCCUGUAUGGGCCAGUUCAUUGUACAGCAUACAAUAUGAUGGAAAAACCAAAACUAUCAAAACCACCCAGUUCCAUAGUAUUUUCAUAGUGCUGGUCAUAAAUGUUCAUAACAACCUCGGGCAGGUCCUUAAUAGGCACAGUUUGCUUAUUCCAGUUGGGGCUGUGCAGCAAGUGAUUUGUACCAAGCUCUCUGGGGGCAGGCAGCUCCUGUAUUCUAUGCUGGCAGAACUGGAGAGAACUGGUCUUGUGGUCGUUCUGCCAUGGUGGCAAAAUGGGAGAGGAGAGCUGGUCUUGUGGUAGCAAGCAUGACUUGUCCCCUUAGCUAAGCAGGGUCCACCCUGGUUACAUAUGAAUGGGAGACUAGAAGUGUGAGCACUGCAAGAUAUUCCCCUCAGAGGAUGGAGCCACUGCUAUGGGAAGAGCAGAAGGUUCCAAGUGCCCUCCCUGGCUUCUCCAAGGUAGGUCCGAGAGAGAUUCCUGUCUGCAACCUUGGAGAAGCCACUGCCAGUCUGUGUAGACAAUACUGAGCUAGAUGGACCUAUGGUCUGACUCAGUAUAUGGCAGCUUCCUGUGUUCCUAUGUUGCAGCUGUUAAAUUUCUAUUGUGCAGCUGUUAAGGGCACAAAGCCCCAGUCCUGGACAAGAAAGUGUCCAGUGAGAAAAUAAACCCCUUGCUGCUAAGCCUCCUAGCCAGUUCAGGAGACAACAAAAGUGCAUUUUAAAUCUUCAGCCCCAGUAGUGCUCAGUGAGAAACCAGGCAGCAUUCCUGUCAGGACAAACAUUAACUCUUAGGUGGGACUAGUUCUUGGGAACAGCAAAUGAUUGGGUAUACCUGUGUCUGGGCAGUACCAUUUGAGUCUGAAGGUGGGGCUCAAAUUAUUUCAUGCUCCUUCAUACAAUAAACAAGCAAGCAUAUCUUUGUUCAUAGUACAUGAUCUGUCAAGGGAAUGGGUUCUAGCCUAGCCUUCUGCCCAACAUACCAAUUUUUAUGUGAAGGGAAUUUUCUAGUUGGGAGGAACACUCAAUGGUACAGCCCAGAGAUGGGUGACUUGCUCUUUGAAGCAACUAGGCCCUAGUUAUUGCGGGUCCAGGCUACAAUUACGCUUGGAAAGGGAAACAAUUGCACUUGGAAAAGAUUGAGUUAUUGUACCCUUUACAGUUGUGCAGAAGAGGCCAUUUUUGCAGUUGAAACUCACUCUGCAGCAUCACAACAACACAAGCCACAGCUGCCAAAAUCCAGCCAUUCACCCUCCAUAAAUCAGAGGUAUGGGGGAGCUCUGUUCUCUAUUGUGUUUGCUGUUGCUGGUUGUGUAUCUUACAGACAAGGGUGCAGAGCGCAUUAUCUCAAGAUAAAGAGAUUUUGUUUGGAUAGAUUGGGGAAACACACUGGCUACCAUUUAGUGUUGCUUGGUAGUAGUAGUUGGUUUUUUAGUGUAUGACUUUGCUAGACAUGUGCGUAUGUCUAUUAUCAGGGUAGUCUGCUAAAUUCAGUCUGAAUUUUCUCUUUCUAAACUGGAAAUUGCUCCUAUAAUAUUGAACAGAAUCCUGCAUCUUCGGGAAUCUGAUGUCUGAGCUGGUUUGAAUUUCAAAGGAUGGCUUUAGGGGAUGAGGGAAGUAGAUUUGAAUUAUUCCCUAGAUAUGUAAAAAGGUAAUGAAAAAAUAGUUUUGGAGGAUGGGUGAAGGAAGUUUGUUAUUUUUGCUGUUGAGCUGGAGAAGUAGCCCUGUUCUUAUGAUAUACUAGAUCUCAGUUUCUUUCUAAUAGUGUGUGCAUUGAUCAUAGGCUCUGUUAUUUCAUUUCUGAUCAGUGCCACUGAAACAUAGGAGGCUGCAAUCCCUCCCUAAUUUAGCCCUAGUUUCUGUAAAGUCAGUGGCACCAAAGUGCUCCAUGGGUUGCAGCCUAAGGUUGUGUUCUAGAAACUGGUUAAACUGCAGUACUUUGAUUUGGAAUGACGGAGUCCUAGCUAUAUUAUUAGUAGUAAAUUAUAGCCAUUCUCGGUGUGCAAAGUGCUCUACUUUGUACCUGUGACCCUGUGAGAUUGAUGGAUGACCUGUCUUAGAUCAUCGGGAGAGUUCCUGGCAUAGCAGAGAUUUGAACUUUGCUCUCCCUUUUCCAGAUAGCCCAACGCAGCUCUCAUUUAUGUUCUCUGAGCUUUGAUGGAACUAAAUCAGUUUAAAUCCAAGUGCUUGGCUAGACUGCAGAUUGGACUGCCCAUCUUGACAGUGAUGGGAGAAAGGGAUGGGAUUGCUCUGACAUACCAAAUUAAGAACUUCUCCUGAACAAAAAGGCACCUUGAGACUUCUUAUUCAUUCCAAAACAAAUGAGAGAGAAAGCAUCCAAAGCUGUCCCAACAAGGUGAAACAUAUAUGACAUCUUACAGGUGACAUGAAGAAUUCCCUUUGUGUCACAUUCACCACUAGUGAGUGUUGUUAAUGCAGCAUAGAAGGAGGAAAUGAGCCAGUUUGAAAAUACAUGUACCUUCUUGCCAGUGCAAGUCUUAAUCCGAAUUUUGGAUGUUGGAAAUGCAAAAAUUGAUGUUUGUGGAAAUGGCCACGCCACAAAUGUGGAAAUAGGUAGCAGUUUGGUCUCUCUCUCUCUUUCCCUCCCCUAAAUAAUCAAGUUGCCCACCCUUGUCUCUUUGGAUGACAUCACAAUGCGUUGUUUGAAUUCCUUAUUCCCUCAUAAGAUUUGCAUAUUUUAAAAGCCCAAGGUUCAAUUCCCAGCAUCUCCAGUUAAAAUGUCUCAGCUAACAGGGGUGGCAGAGACCCUGGACUGAGAUUCGAGAAAGCUGCUGCUAGAAAGGUUAAGAGCAGUACUGAAGCAGACAGAGGUGGUUUGACUGGGUAUAAGACAAAUCUUUAAGAUCAUAGUAGUGGCUUCAUGGGGAUGGCUCCAUCUUCAGGGGCUUAAAAAGAGUGACCCUGAGAAAAUAAGACUCACUAAAUUCAACAAAGUGAUUUGUUUCUAUAGAGCAGGGCUGUGCACUUCUACUUUGCAAGAUCCAUACUAUGUAAAUAUUUGUACUGAUUCUUUCCCUCUCUUUCUCUCUCUGUAACUUUAUUACAAUCCAUCACACUCUCUAUAUUUUUUAAAGGCCACUGUACAUGUGGUACCUCUGGCCCUUUCCUCUGUUGAUAAUCAGCUGGAAAGGAAAAGGCCAAGAGGGUUCAAUGUGUAUAUAGAGAAUUAUGUAUAUUUAGUAAAUUUAGCAAGUGGGACUUACGGCCAGUAAUAUGUUUUACAACAAUGGUACCAGGAUCUCCAGACCCAACUAGCAAAACCAGACUGUUCACCUUGCCAUGUCCAUCCUGUAAUAAGACCUAAGUUGCACCUGCCUGUAGUUCUGCAUGAUUGGAUUUCCAAAUAUAAUUCACAAUGACCAGGAGUGUAACCUCUCAGUGUUGAUAAAAGUAGUUUUUAUAUCUCUAUAUAUAAGGGGGGCAAAAAGAAACACACACACAAAACAAGAGCCACAGUUCAGCAUCAAGACUGGAAGAGGAAAAAGUGUCCAGCUGCAUUGCGAGGUCUUAGUUUUGAACAUGAUAAGUCACAGCCAGUGAGCAUGGAUGAACUGACAAAUGUGACAUUUGAUAAGGAAAUGAACAUCAUUACAUUUUGUUUACUUAUUCAGACAUUUACUUUCUACCUUUCAUUGUUUCCUGUGGGUGGUACAAGGGGGAAUGGAGGGGUCUUGGCUUUGUUCAUCAACCUUUUGUGGAUCAAUGUUGAGUCGAUGCAUUCUAACUUCUGUUUGUUUUGAGUUAUUAAAAGCAGAAGGGAAUCUAUUUUCCCCUUUGUGCCAAAAAAAGAAAAAGAAAAACCCUUUCAGAGUUUUUGUCUAAAUACUU